AUGGCGCGAGACGCUUCUCAGGAAGCCGAGGAGCGAGGCGCUUCCCAGGAAGCUGAAGGAUCAGUGCGCUUCUCAGGAAGCCGAGGAGCGAUGCGCUUCUCAGGAAGCCGAGGAGUGAGGCGCUUCUCAGGAAGUCGAGGAGCGAGGCGCUUAUCAGGAAGCCGAAGGAGCAACGCGCUUCCCAGGAAGCCGAGGAGCGACACGCUUCCCAGGAAGCCGAGGAGCGAUGCGCUUCUCUGGAAGCCAAAGGAUCAGUGCGCUUCCCAGGGAGCCGAGGAGCGACGUGUUUCUCAGGAAGCCAAGGGAGCGAUGCGCUUCCCAGGAAGCGAAGGAGUGACGCACUUCCCAGGAAGCCGAGGGCGUGAUGCGCUUCUCAAGAAUUCGAAGGAGCAAUGCGCUUCCCAGGAAGCCGAGGAGAGGUGCGCUUCCCAGGAAACCAAGGAGCGACGCGCUUCCCAGGAAGCGAAGGAGCGAUGCGCUUCCCAAGAAGCCGAGGAGCGAUGCGCUUCUCAGGAAGUCGAGGAAGCAAUGCGCUUCCCAGGAAGCGAAGGAGCAGUGCACUUCCAAGGAAGCCAAGGAGCAAUGCGCUUCCCAGGAAGCGGAGGAAAGGUGCGCUUCCCAUUAAGCCGAGGAGUGACGCGCUUCUCAGGAAGCAAAGAUGCAAUGCGCUUCCUUCUCAGGAAGCCGAGGAGCAAAGCGCUUCCCGGAAAGCCAAAUGAGAGAUGCGCUUCCCAAGAAGCAGAGGACGCAAUGCGCUUCCCAGGAAGCGAAGGAGCAAUGCGCUUCCUUCUCAGGAAGCCGAGGAGCGAUGCGCUUCUCAAGAAGCGGAGGGAGCAAUGCGCUUCCCAGAAAAGUAUUACUCCAGUUCCAUUGUCGAUCGUUUCUCCUAUGCACUUUCUCUGCAUCGCUCUGGCUUUAUUAUCAUUACCGGUUGUGCAGAAUCUCAGGGUCGGGGCCAAAGAGACGUGCCCAGCUUUGUGCAUUGGGACAAUACAUGAACAAUAGAAAAUGGGGGAGGGAGGAACGCAAACACAGGCAGCCCUAACAGAAUCCAACUCCAAGAUGAUGGAAGACUACAGUGACUUCAAAACUGUGGCUCUGGACCAGACUGCUCCGGAUUCCAACAGGAUGAGCCCUCCCAACUCCAUGAGUAACGGCGGAGGCUACGCCAACGGCAAUGGCGCCGUCAUGAAUGGGGGAAGGUUGGAUUUCGAUCCCAGCGAAGCUCCUCCGUUCAAGAUUGCCGACAUCCGGGCUGCGAUUCCACCGCAUUGUUGGGUCAAGAGCCCAUGGAGGUCCAUGAGCUACGUCCUCAGGGAUGCCGUCGUCGUGCUCUGCUUUGCCCUCGCCGCCGCCAAGCUCGACAACUGGGCUCUUUGGCCGCUCUACUGGGCCGCUCAGGGGACCAUGUUCUGGGCUAUCUUCGUUCUCGGACACGAUUGCGGACAUGGGAGUUUCUCAGACAGCUCGGUGCUGAACAAUGUGAUGGGUCAUAUCUUGCAUUCGUCCAUCCUCGUGCCUUACCAUGGAUGGAGAAUCAGCCAUAAGACCCACCACCAGAACCAUGGCAAUGUUGAGAAAGAUGAAUCCUGGGUUCCGCUGCCAGAGAAAGUGUACAAGAACCUGGACACAAGCACCAAGUUCAUGAGGUUCACUAUCCCUCUCCCAAUGUUCGCCUACCCUAUCUACUUGUGGAGAAGAAGCCCAGGGAAGAAAGGGUCCCACUUCAAUCCCUACAGUGACUUGUUUGCCCCACACGAGAGGAAAGCCGUCUUAAUUUCCACCCUCUGUUGGACAUCCAUGGUCCUACUCCUCCUCUAUUCGUCCUUUCUCUUUGGCUUCCUUCCUGUCCUCAAGAUCUAUGGAAUCCCGUACCUCAUAUUUGUGGCAUGGCUGGACAUGGUGACAUACCUGCACCACCACGGGUACGAGCAGAAGCUGCCAUGGUACAGAGGGAAAGAGUGGAGCUACCUCCGUGGAGGGCUGACAACCAUUGAUAGAGAUUAUGGCAUCAUCAACAACAUCCACCACGACAUUGGCACCCAUGUCAUUCACCACCUCUUCCCUCAGAUCCCACACUACCACCUCGUCGAAGCGACAAGGGCAGCGAAGCCGGUGCUGGGGAAGUACUACAGAGAGCCCAAGAAGUCGGGGGCAUUCCCAUGGCAUUUGUUCGGCUACUUGGCGAGAUCGCUCGGAGAAGAUCACUAUGUCAGCGACACAGGGGAGGUUGUGUUCUACCAGUCGGACCCUGAGAUCUUCACCUUCUCCAAGCCCAACAAUGCCAAGACCAAAUCCAACUGAUGAUUCCUUCCUCCUCUGUAACAUUGGAGAUGAAGAAGAAGAAGAAGAAGAAGAAGACUCUCGCUCUACUGCACUAGUCACUAGCUACUACUCAACCCAAAAGAAACAAAGAGAAGAUUUUUAAUUGUUUUCUUUCCUGUUCCUUUCUCUCUCUCUCUCUCUCUUCCCCAAAAAAUACUACUUCUCUUUCUCCCUCUCUUUCUCUGUUACUUCAUUGGAGUAAAAAUCUUAUAAUUGAGGCAAUUGUAGAAGCAGUUAAGAAAAGGAAGAAAAAUACAGACGUUUUAAGGUAGUAGUAAGUAAGAAGUACUUGUUUGUUGCAUUGUUUCAUGAUAUGAUCAAUGCUGGAAAACACAAACGGACCCAGAAACAGACAAGUGUUUUAAUCUAUUCUCUUAUAGGUUGGCUGGCUUUCGUAUUGCAUUAAUGUUGGUUGAUGUUUCAAGCUCUGGAUCUCAAGAAUUUACAGGCGGACGAGUGAAUGAGAGAGUAGUAAGAAAAAUGUGGGGAACUAUUUGCCCGAUGAAGCAAUAAAAACAAAAGCAAACAUGCCACAUGCGAUAGGGUUUGAUCGGGGGAUAAAAUGGAGUGGAUGGUGGCAGGGACCAGGAAGGAAGUAAAGAGGAAAACACAGACCAAGAUCCAACUGGUAGCUAUAAGUUGGGGAAUGGGAAGUCGCAGCAGUGGCUGGCUCCAUUGCAUAAUGAUGGUCUCAUAACUCUUAAGUGGUAGCAGAAACAGAGUGGUCAGGAUUUAUACGGCUUUGUGGCAGGGGGCAGGCGUUGAGUACACAAGAGUAGAUCAAGGACAUGUACUGCAGCAGCAUUCAAUUCAAUGUUGUUAGAUCUAUUUUGGGGUUCGGGUUAGGGUUAACUACCACCCUCCAAUGGUGGCCCUAAAAUGCAAUAAGAUAUGGUGGCCUGGCCUGGCCACAUUGUUGGAGCCAAUUUGAACUUCAACGGUGCGCCAUCGUGAACGGUGUCACAGGAUAUCUGCGUUAUGAUGUCGCCUU